GGACUCGCCAGCAACAGUUUCUUACUAGCUCUCGUCGGAGCAAGUACCCGAGGAGCCUUUAACACGAGCACCUGUCAAGUAUUGACCCUCGCACACUUGCGCACCACCGCGUCGACACAACAACUCACGUGCACUCUCCAAGAUGGUCGCGCUGAAAGCCCUGUUCGUCCUUGCCACCUGCACCCUCGUGUCUGGGUCGGCCAUACCCAUUUGGGAACUUCUCACCAAGCAAGAGAAGAUGGGUCGCCUCAUGUAUGUCUUCAUCCACCUGGUAGACCAGUAUUGCAAGGAUUCGAACAUUCCUGAUUGCCAGAAGGUCCUGACACUCUAUGGGAUGUCCAAUUUGGUGAACGAGGAGGAAAACUCCUUGGAUUUCAUGGACCCUUACCAGAGGGACUCCCGCAGCAUCAUCUGGGAGAAAGUCAUGAAGGGCGAUUUCAAGCUGCCAUCUGGCAAGACUUUCUACUCUAACGACCCAUCAUCGGCCGACGAUGAAGAUUACGAGCUUGUGAACGAGGUGCGUGAUAGUUCGUACCCAAGCCUUUCCUUCCGCAAGAACACCAACGACCCCCACCCGUAUGCCGUUCGGGUGCCCGCCCCCGUCAAGGUUGCUGCCGCCCACGCACGCGCCCAAACCCAAACCGAUGCCCAGGUUGGCGGCGUCCCCAGCAGCCACCCAUACGCCGUCCGAGUGGCCCGCGAGACAGCGACCCUGGGCAUCAAGGCCAGCGCCGACUUCGAGCCCAUGAGGAGCGAGAGGAGACUGAAUCCCGUUUUAAUCCAGCGCAUCCUGCCACGCUCCUUCGCCGCCUCCUUCAACAGCAGGAGGAACUCGUCUUGAAGAAGUGAAGGGCCUUGAGGAAGGUCGUCCGGAUCUGACCAGUACCUCUGUCACUUACGAAGCCACUGUACAAACACGAGAAGGGAGAGACCCUGGGAAGAGAGGUCCCCAGAGUGCUUUGACGAGCUCCAGUGACUGGAGGCGAAGGAGUGCGCAGAUGAAGGGCGAAAUCGGGGCUAGACCGCGGUUGCGCCAAUGCUUUAAGAAGACUCACACAGACGAGUAAGUCCUGCCAAGGGAGGGCGAGUUCCAAUUAUAAGAGGCUUUUAGACUAUGCUUUAUUCGUAUUUAAGCGGCGAGUCUGCCAGUGCGUGUGUGUAUAUAUAACUGUAAAUAUUAUUUAUAUAGAGUGUUUAUCUAGUCAAGGACAGGGCGUCCGCCUUUGAGAGAUAAAGUGAAAAGAAUUCCGAAGCUGGAGCAGCAUGAAGAGCUCUCCUGCAGGUUCCCAGAAGUCCAUUUCCUGAGACCCCGAAGAGAUACUUCGUCGGGAGAACUAGGAUAAAAGGGAUUGCUUUUGCUAGCUCCCAUGUUUUACCUUGAAGAAGAGUAAGAGUGAGGAGUUAAUACUAAGAAAGCUUUGUUCUGUUUGUUUUUAUUAGCAUUACUAUUUUUUGUUCAAAAUCACCACUCUCGAAGUCGGUUCCCGAGUCCGAAUCCAUGGAGUAUCAGAACAGCUGACCCAAGCAGUCUUCCUUCAAGAACAGCACUAUAACAACAACGCUGCGGAAGGCGGAUGCUACUGGAUACUCCAACCUCCAGUAUGGUUAUCCAAAUAGGAUAACGACAAACCAUAUACAAAAAAGAUUGAAAACUUGGUUCCUCUGCGUUCAGAUAAAAAAUAUGAUCAAGAAGGAUACCCUCCAAGAAAUGAUAUCUUAUUAUUGACUAUAUUCACAAUAAUAUUUGAGAAAAACCUUGUUAUCGUUGUUAUUAAGGUGAUCUCCAUUUAUAUCCAUCCCAUACAUCACUUUUUAUUGUUAUCUCUGCUCUUUUCUUCACGUUUUCAUAGCAUAUCAUUUCCAUCUACCAUUUCUUAAUGUAUCUGUAAAUAAUGUACAAAUAAAUCAUUUGUUAUGAACUCUA